AUUUGACCUUGUGCGUUUUCCAAAUCACUCGUCAUGCUUGGUCCAUCACCUCGUACCGUUGUGCGUGUAGGGUCGAGGCGCAGUAAUUUGGCACUUCUCCAGACUGAAAUGGCAGUUAAUUUACUUCAAAAACAAAAUCCACAUAUUCUGUUUGAAGUUGUAGAAAUGGCAACUGUCGGCGACAAAAUUCUAGAUGUUUCAUUAUCAAAGAUUGGUGAUAAAAGUUUAUUCACAAAGGAACUCGAAAAUGCCCUACUUAGUGGAGAAGUUGACCUUGUCGUACACUCACUUAAAGAUGUCCCAUCAAUCCUUCCUUCCGGCUUAGUCCUUGGGUGUGUAUUUGCCAGAGCAUCUCCUGAUGAUGUUGUUUUGAUGGCUCCACAUUAUCGUGGAAGAAAACUUUCUGAUCUCCCUAUCGGAUCUACAAUUGGAACAAGUGCUGUUCGGCGCGUAGCCACACUUACACGCAAGUAUCCACAUCUGAAGUUUGUAUCCAUACGUGGAAAUUUAAACACAAGGCUGGCCAAACUCGAUACUCCUCCAGCUUCCAAGGAUAAUUGCUGUUUAACCAAUCCAUCUCAAAGCUAUGAUGCGAUCAUCCUGGCUAAGGCGGGUGUUGAGAGGAUGGGCUGGUCGCACCGUAUUGAUCAGGUUUUAACCGAUUCUUUUUAUGCUGUAAGUCAAGGUGCAUUAGCUUGUGAAUGUCGUCAAAUCGAUAAUUUCAUCAUGAAUUUGUUAUCGGGCAUCCAUGACGAGUCAGCUGCCUUAACAACUAUUGCUGAGCGCAGUUUAAUGCGUCAACUUGAUGGUGGUUGUUCUAUCCCGAUCGGCGUGCGCAGUGAUCUUGUUUUAAAAGGAGACUUGAACUAUUCUCAACUUACUCUUCAUGCAAAUAUACUAAGUGUUGAUGGUGGGAAGAGUGUAGAAAGAUCUGCCUCUGUUGUUUUCCCGGAUAAAAUGCCCAUAAAUGAUUGUAUGGAGUCCAGUUGCAAAUUAGUGCAAAAAUCGAGCGGUUAUGAUGAUGUUAGCACAAAUACACCAAUAAUCGAAAGUAGGGGGAAAUCACUAACCUCUCCUACUAAAGAUGAGUUAAAAGCAGCAUUGAAUGCAGCAUCUAUAUUUAUGGGAGUUUUAGUUACUCCAUCAUCCGAAAUUUCCCGUCUCAGAAUGGCUAUUGCUCAAAGUUUGGGUUGCGUAGUAGCACAAAGUCUUCUUCUAUCCGGUGCUGAUGAGAUUCUUUAUGAAAUACGCUCCCAAUCUAGUGGGUGAAGUAAAUUCCAAUCAAUAGAUAUUAGUUUACUUCAAAUGACAAUCCUUGCAUUUUGUUCUGGUUCUUUCAGAAUUUAUGCUCUCAUAUUGUUUAUCUUUUGGCUCUUCAUAGAGAAGUAGAUUUGUCAUGUUUACAUGUAAAUUGUUUAUUAAUGUUGCCCCAUAGAUUGUAAAUACUAACAUUGUGAAAAUAAACGUUUGCGAUUAAAAUAGAUUUAGUUAUUUGAAUAAUCUUAAUAUUUUAAUUGUUCUGAACAUAUGUUUCUCAUUUUUAUGCUCUAAAUUACUAUUAUAUUAUUAGGUGUUUGAAAUGCUUCUAUACAAAUCCCGUCAAAGCAUAUUUUGCAUUCCCAAAUGCAAAGUCCUAAGUGGCGAUUUGUUGACCAUAGACUCUAAUUUAUCUCGGUUUUUUAUCAUUAAUAUAUAUCUGUAGCUUCCGUUGAAGAAUUAUCCCCGACUUAAGGUGAUAUGUUUUGUUAUGUCACCCAAGUUUAUCAUCGUAUUCAACUUACUGAUGAGUAGUAGUCAUACUCAUACGCUAAACCAAAAGUUGUACUUUCUGUGAAAGUUAACAAAAUAACAUUUUCCGGAUGUAAAGUUGACGUUUUGUAUUUUUUGUCAGGUUUUCUAUACUACAUCGAUUUAAGCUUAGCAAACAGAACUUUUAGUUUCAUUCAACUGUUCGAUUAUGUGGUUACUCCGUUUUCAAAAUGACCCAUAGGAACUGCAAAUAUGUUACCGAUUGUAGGAGUUGAGUAUAAAACAACUUAGUAAUAUAUUUAGAAUUGUACUGGUUUAUCUAGUUCAUUGAAUUCAUGAUCAAUCUAUGCCCUCUUUAAAACUCAUAUUCAUAGUGGAACUGGUAUUAAGUUGUCUUAUUGGAGAUUGAACUUCAAAGUUAUAUAUCUUACUAAAAAAUAGGUUUUUUUUUCUUAUUUUAGAAACAUUGGUUCAGUCUUAAAACAUAAUCACAUAUGGACCAUCAAAAGUCCAAGAAAAAACGCAAAGCUUACUACCGAAAAUGUGCUUUUGGUUCAAAAAAAUCUCGUCUGAAUGAUCAAAACGAUAGUGUGUCAUGCAUUCCGAAAAAUUUACAACCCGGCAUGACCGGUUAUAUAUUAACUUACAAUCAACAGCAACGAUUAGCACAUAUUGAGACUUAUCGUUUGUUAAAUCAUACUUUAGAUGAGAUUUCUAUUGAAAAGCAUAAAAGUGGAGCAUCUAAAAUCAACAGUCCUGUAAAUACAAAUAAUGAAUUAGUUGGUUCUGAACCUAAUAAUAUGGUUAGUGAUGAAAAGAAUGAUGAUACUGAUGACUUAUACUCACAGUUACUUCGUGAAAAUUGUUCAAAAUAUCCUGCCAAUUCAAAAAAUAAAUUUGGUUUCUACUCUGUGAAAACACAUAUCAGUAACUGUUCUUUUAUUCUUCAUCAGACUAAUUUACUUAGUGCUGCAGAACUUUGUAAUCGUGUAUUCGAAAGACUACUCUCGACUUCCAAUGCAGAGUCUCGUUAUGUUCUUCGUUUGAUGCCUGUUGUAAACACAUGUCGGUCAGAUUUGCCGUCACUCGAAAAUUGUGUGCUAAAAGCGUGGUCGAACUUCCUUGGCCUAGCGUCAUGUAAAAUAAAUACAAAAUGUUCUAAAGUUGAGGUACCUCUAGACCAGUCAAAUGAUGAAGAAAACGCAAAUAAUGAUAACGAGUCCUCAAUUUUACAUGUCCCAAAACAGAUUGCUUGUGAAUCUACAUUGAAUGGAUCGAAGACGUUUAUGAUUGUGUUCAAAUCUCGUGGUUUCAAAGCUAUUACCCGUGAUGAUGCUAUACGCCGUACAUUUGAAGCAAUCAAAUCUGUUGAUUCAUCUUGGAAUUUAUGCAAUUCAUCGCCUUCAGUUGUUGUCUCAAUAACUGUCCUGUGUAAGGUGACUUGUAUCAGUUUGUUGGAAAAUUUCUUCAAAUAUCGUAAAUACAAUGUAGCAGAAGUUUGCUCACCAUCAACUCAAUAUGACUGUACAAAUAACAUAAAAAAUGACGAAUCCAAAUAA